AUGGUAGAUCUCGAGCUGAAAACAGCUGAAAGAAACAUCCAUUCUCAACGCAGAGUUUCCAUAUCACAUACGAAAUUCAACAGGAAAACGAGAAGAAGAAGAAGAAGAAUGGCUGACCUGAAGAGGUCAGAAACAAGCGGCAAAAACCUAUCGCCCAACACCAGGGAAGGCAGAAAACAGAGGAAAGAAGCAGCUAACCUUGGCUCCGACCAUCUCAAGGCGGUAAUCGAAGCCAAUCGCCAGCCAGCAGCCGAAAAGCCAAAUUCGCCUCGAGAAAAUGGGAGCAAAGAUGAAAUGACUAACCUGCCCCUUGAUUGUGGAAGCCAUAUCAGAAGCACCAUUGUAAAGUCAGCCGGAAUUCAUUUUCCCGGCCAAGAUGAGAAUAGUUGGAUUGACCGGAGGCAUAAGCUCCGGAAAAGCACAGUAUCCAACCUCUUCAAAGCUCACGGUAUCCCCGUUGUCGAUGCUGAUGUCAUCGCUCGCAAUGUCCUGAAGAAAGGUACCGGUGGAUGGAGAAAAGUGGUAGCUGCAUUUGGUGAUGAAAUUUUGCUCUCUGGAGGAGAAGUUGACCGGCUGAAGCUGGGCCAGAUCGUGUUUAAUGAUUCUGAUAGGCGCCAGCUUCUUAAUCGGUUACUGGCCCCUUACAUUUCAUUUGGGAUUUUGCUUGACGUGCCCCUGUUGUUCGAGGCCAAGAUGGACAGGUGGACUAAGCCCAUUAUCGUAGUAUGGGCCAGCCCAAAGACCCAACUCAAGCGGCUUAUGUUGAGAGAUGGGUCCACAGCUGAAGAGGCCCAGAGUAGGAUAAAUGCUCAGAUGCCUCUUGAUCUGAAAAAGUCCAAAGCGGAUAUUGUGAUCGAUAACUCGGGGUCAUUGGGAGAUCUGAAUGAACGUUUUGAAGAGGUAUUGGUACAGCUCCCAUUCAGCUUCCUCGCCUUAAUCUCCCUCUGCAAGACUGCAACUUUAAAGGCUUUUCGUCGUCUUAAGAAUUCUAGCCCCACCAACUCUAGCACUAUACCAUCUGUAAGAGAUAAAGCCUUGGCAGUAGCAAGUAGAGUCAUCUCGUUGAAAAAAGGAGAAAAUUCAGCAGUUAGUUGCCCGAUGUGUUUGCAAGUUCUUCAGGCAAAAGACGAUGAGGAUCUUCAGAUGACUCUUGGGCUUCACAUGAGUUUAUGGCAUCUAGACGAUGUUACAUUGCAUUGGGACAUCAUGAACAACAAAAACAUAAAACCUUCGGGUUUUCAUAUGCCUUCAUUUAUUGUUGGGGUUGGGGUAUCUGCUCUGUUUGGAGCUCUUAUAUCCCAUUCGGCUAAUAACAGGCUCCAACAUGUGCCCGUGAGAAGUAGACAGUAAUCGUGCAGUUGAUAGCGCUCUAAAAAAGGGGCACCAAAUUUCUCAUUUUUAUAUGUAAUUACGUGAGGAGUGGGAUUUUGAUUUAAUUGAGAAUGAGAUGCAGUUGAAUGAUUCCUUUCAGUGUUGUGUGUUGUGUGUUGUGUGUUGUGUGUUGUGGCCCUUGUUUAUGUGAGUUGUGUGAGAUCGUGGGGGUGAUUUUCAUAACAAAUAUGCGUACUUUCAUUAUGGCGAUAUAAGCAGAAUUAUGGCAUUUGAUUUGAUAGUGUAAGUAUGUAUUGAUCUGUCCGCAUAA